CAUGACAUCAUAGGCUGCAAACUUAGGAGGGGGGUGGGGCAUGUAGGCGGCGGCAUGGCUCUACCUUUUCCUAAGCCACUGGUUAGAGUAAGAUUAUGGAUUGGGCUCAUCACACUGUCUGGUAUAAUGGUACUCUAUUUGUACCUGAAGAGAUCAGAAGCAAACGUAUCCGAAGAGACCCCUAGUGAACUCCCUGUGUUCCAGUGGAUUCCUAUUCAUAAUAUCACUCAAUUGGAAGAAUGCAGAAACUCACAACAGGGUCACACACUCAUUGUAGAUGAAUUAGGUUAUGUAUGUUCUCCGGGAAAUGUGGAGUCGUCUGGCUGCUGUAAAGAUAGAUCAUUACGUUUUGAGUGUAGUAGAUGUAAGAGUGAUUGUUGCUCCGUAUACGAACACUGUGUGUCAUGUUGUCUCCAUCCUGACAAGCAGCCGUUGCUACGCAGCAUAUUAAGAAGAAGCACUGUCAACUAUCACCCUCUCUACUCCUCUCUCAAGGAUCAGUUUGAACUGUGUCUGGCAAAGUGUCGAACAUCCUCACAGAGUGUCCAACAUGAGAAUACCUACAGAGAUCCUGGGAUGAAGUAUUGUUAUGGAACAGACACUUCAAGCUUAUUGCCUGAGAGUGUCCAACAUGAGAAUACCUACAGAGAUCCUGGGAUGAAGUAUUGUUAUGGAACAGACACUUCCAGCUUAUUACCUGAAGUACCUUAGAUUGUACAUUUUAUUCAUUAUCAAUGCAUUUGCAUGCAUCCAAUGGCAUGCAACAGAGGCUACAAUAACUAAAUCUACCUACACCAUAUACAUGUUCUUUACAGAAUAUAUAUGUUCAAGUUUUGUCACUUCUACUUGCAAGCAGGAGGGGGAACAAAGUCGGACGCAGGAGGCUCCAUGGCUUUGAAGUUAGUAAAUCUCACAUCCUCUUCUACUCCCCU